AGAGGGAGGAGGAGGAGGAGGAGGAGGAAGUCGGGGCCGAGCCGCUUCCUGUAGGCAGAGGGAUGAGCGCAGACAAAGCUGGGUGGGGACUCGCCGCUCCGGGCUGCUGCUGACCGCCCCUCUGCCUCCAGCCCGCAUCCCUUCUCCAUCCAUCCCUCCAUCCAUCCCUCCAUCCGUCCGUCCGUCCGACCGCCGCCGCCCCGCGGGGAGAGCCGGGGCAGCACCGCCCGCAGGUGUCGAACGCCGAAGUGGAGCAGCUGUUGCCCUAAGGACAGCCAGCACCAGUGAGACCCAGCUUUGGGAUUCCAGGCUCUGUGUUGAGCCCCCAUCCCCAUUCCUGCCUGCUGCCCGACCGGGGUGUGCCCGGCGUGCCGAUGGCCAGCAACAACACCGCGAGCAUAGCGCAGGCACGCAAGCUGGUGGAGCAGCUGAAGAUGGAGGCCAACAUCGACAGGAUAAAGGUGUCCAAGGCAGCGGCAGACCUGAUGGCAUACUGCGAAGCUCACGCCAAGGAGGACCCCCUAUUGACCCCCGUCCCGGCUUCAGAAAACCCCUUUAGAGAGAAGAAGUUCUUCUGUGUGAUCCUGUAAAGCCUCAAGGAGCCUGACGGGCACUCAGGCCACCCUGAACACUGAUGUAGAGUUUUUAGGAACGGGGACGACCUGCUAGUCCACAGAAUUUAAACAAAAAUAAGUAAAAUACAAGGCCUGGAAGCUACAGAGAUGUGCAUGUUUAAAGAAUCUGGCCGCCUUUGGGGGAUAUAAGAUGAUCCGCAUUGCGAGGCAAAAGAUCUGAAGUCUGUAGAGUUGCCUAGAAAGAAAAAAAAAAAAAAAAGGAAAAAAAAAAGGAAAAAAAAAAAGAUUA